AGAUGCUUCAAAAUGUGUAAAUGGUUUACUUGCUGUAGUAUUACAUAAUACCGAUGAAACCCCAGUAGGAGAAGAAGCAUGGUAGACAAAAAAAAUACAUAGUAAAUAUUUUUAAACAGUCAGCUAAUAAAGCUGAAAUAGCUUGAUUUUUUUUGAAGAAUCUCAGAUACCUUCUAUGCCACCUAUUGUAUUAGAGGUUAUUCCUAUAUAUUCAGACUUAAAAAUAGACAUAGUGCAAUCCAACUUUACAAAUCAUAAAUCAGUUACGUUCUCUGUAAAUCAAAGCUUGGCAAGUGUCAUUUUUCUCGAGAAGAAUAAUAUGUCAGAAAUAUUGAAUAAAGUAAAACAAUUAAAAUCAAUCGCUGAAGCAAAUCAUUUGAGUUCCAAAAGUGAUCAAUCGCAUGAAUGGGUUAAAGUAUAUUCUAAGCUUGGCGGUAAGUUCAUACAACAGAAAGGAAAAAAAGAGAUGAUAUAAAUGAUCCAGCAAAUACCUUACGAUAUGUAUUACCAAUACAGAGAGCAGAGACAAUUGCAAAAAUUAAUCUAAAGCGCACUAGAACUAUUAAUGCCCCA